UUUGCGGGGAAACAUCCCAGAUUUCUGCUGUCUGCUUACAAGCCUGGGCCAGGGAGGGGGGCCACCCCAGCCCCCGACAGGGGCAUUGGAAGGGCAGGUGGAGCCGUGGCAUCGAUUGCAGUAACCUGAUCCCGCGGCGGGAGGCUGACGGCAGCGGCAGCGCGAAGGGCCAGGGGAGGAAGCUGCCUGCAGCCGAGGGUUGGCUGGGAAGAGCUGGGACCGGGGCCGGGUCGGCAGCCGCUGCCUCUUCUCCCAGCCCAUCUAUUUUUAAUGAGCUCCCCAGGCUUCUGCAGCGGGCUGGACUCAGAAAGGCAGACCCAGGCGGUGGAGGCCCGAGGCCCCAGCCCUGUCCGGAGCCCUGGCACCUCCACCCUUCUGGGCAUGAGAGGGCGGCCCCGGGGCCCCGCAGCCCCCCAGCCGGGCUGGGCUCUCCAUGCAGCUGGUGCUGAAGAUGGAUUCCAGCCCAGACAAUGACAGCUGGUUGGAGGAUCAGUGGGAGAGCUGGCUCACCCAUGACAUCAGCCUGGAGGAGUUUGAGGAUGAAGACCUCUCCGAGAUCACCGAUGAGUGCGGCAUCAGCCUGCAGUGCAAAGACACCCUGUCCUUACGGCCCCCACGCGCCGGGCUGCUGUCUGGGGGCAGCGGCGGCGGCGGCGGCGGCGGCGGCGGCGGCGGCGGCGGCGGGGGGAGCCGGCUGCAGGCCGAGAUGCUGCAGAUGGACCUGAUCGACGCGGCGGGGGACACUCCUGGCGCUGAGGACGACGAAGAGGAGGACGAGGAGGAGCGUGCGGCGCGGCGGCCGGUAGCGGGCCCGCCUGAGGCGGAGCCCCACCAGGAGACGGCGCCCCGCGGCCAGGGUCAGGGCCAGGGCCCGGGCGGCGGGGAUACGUACCGGCCCAAGCGGCCCACCACGCUCAACCUCUUCCCGCAGGUGCCGCGGUCUCAGGACACACUGAAUAAUAAUUCCCUGGGCAAGAAGCACAGUUGGCAGGAUCGGGUGUCGAGAUCAUCCUCACCACUGAAGACAGGGGAGCAGACGCCUCCACAUGAGCACAUCUGCCUGAGCGAUGAGCUGCCGCCCCCAAGCAGCCCCGCCCCCACCAAGGACCGAGGCACCUCCACCGACAGCCCUUGCCGCCGAAGUGCUGCCACCCAGAUGGCACCUCCCGGCGGCCCCCCUGCUGCUCCACCGGCUGGCCGGGGCCAUUCGCAUCGAGACCGCAUCCACUACCAGGCGGACGUGCGGCUGGAGGCCACCGAGGAGAUCUACCUGACACCAGUGCAGAGGCCCCCAGACCCUGCAGAGCCCAACUCCGCCUUCCUGCCGCCAGCUGAGAGCCGGAUGUCGGUCAGCUCCGACCCAGACCCUGCCGCUUACCCGGCAACUGCAGGGCGGCCACACCCCUCCAUCAGCGAGGAGGACGAGGGCUUCGACUGCUUGUCGUCCCCGGAGCGGGCCGAGCUGCCAGGUGGAGGGUGGCGGGGGAGCCUGGGCGAGCCGCCGCCGCCUCCACGGGCCUCGUUGAGCUCGGACACCAGCGCCCUGUCCUACGACUCGGUCAAGUAUACGCUGGUGGUGGAUGAGCACGCACAGCUGGAGCUGGUGAGCCUGCGGCCAUGCUUCGGCGACUACAGCGACGAGAGCGACUCGGCCACCGUCUACGACAACUGCGCCUCUGCCUCCUCCCCCUACGAGUCGGCCAUUGGGGAGGAGUACGAGGAGGCCCCCCGGCCUCGGCCCCCCGCCUGCCUCUCUGAGGACUCCACGCCCGAUGAACCCGACGUCCACUUCUCCAAGAAGUUCCUGAACGUCUUCAUGAGUGGCCGCUCUCGCUCCUCCAGUGCGGAGUCCUUCGGGCUCUUCUCCUGCGUCAUCAACGGGGAGGAGCAGGAACAGAGCCAUCGGGCCGUAUUCCGGUUUGUGCCUCGACAUGAAGACGAACUUGAGCUGGAAGUGGAUGACCCUCUGCUGGUGGAGUUGCAGGCUGAGGACUACUGGUAUGAGGCCUACAACAUGCGCACGGGUGCCCGGGGCAUCUUUCCUGCCUACUACGCCAUCGAGGUCACCAAGGAGCCUGAACAUAUGGCAGCCCUGACCAAAAACAGCGACUGGGUGGACCAGUUCCGGGUGAAGUUCCUGGGCUCAGUCCAGGUUCCCUAUCACAAGGGCAAUGACGUCCUUUGUGCCGCUAUGCAAAAGAUUGCCACCACCCGCCGGCUCACCGUGCACUUUAACCCGCCCUCCAGCUGCGUCCUAGAGAUCAGCGUGCGGGGCGUGAAGAUAGGCGUCAAGGCUGACGACUCCCAGGAGGCCAAGGGGAAUAAAUGUAGCCACUUUUUCCAGUUAAAAAACAUCUCUUUCUGCGGAUACCAUCCAAAGAACAACAAGUAUUUUGGGUUCAUCACCAAGCACCCUGCCGACCACCGGUUCGCCUGCCAUGUCUUUGUGUCUGAAGAAUCCACCAAAGCCCUGGCAGAAUCCGUGGGGAGAGCGUUCCAGCAGUUCUACAAGCAGUUCGUGGAGUACACCUGCCCCACAGAAGAUAUCUACCUGGAGUAGCAGCGCUGCCUCGCCCUCUGCAUCCCCUGGGCCCUGGGGCCAGCGCCAGGACGGCUGGCUGCUGACAGGACAUGGCACUGCUUGAGGAGGGGCACCUGCCACUACCAGAGGAUGGGGAAGCGGGGGGCUGUUGGCCGAGGGUGGGGGAGGGUGGGGGUUAUGGGGAGAGGCAAAUGCAGUUUAUCGUAAUAUAUGGGAUCAGAUUCAUCUAUGGAGGACGGAGCGGGCUGCCCAGGGAUUGGGAGGGAGUGGGGCUGGGGGGGUGGUGUUAAGCCUCUGGCCAGGAAGGGUGCCCAUCCUCGGAGCAGAGGGUUCUGUCUCAUCUUGGGCCUCCCUCACUUUCCCUGCCAGGGCCUCCAGGCCUCUACAAAGCUCACGCCACCUGUGAGUGCCCACCCCACCCCCGCCCCCAGCUCCCGAAGGGCCCUGAGCUCAGGCUGAGCCCAGCCACCUCCCAAGGGCUUUGCAGCAAGGAAAACGGCAGCAGGCAGGGGUGCAGUCCCUGUCCCCAGCCCUGUCACUUGUGUGGCCUCUGGGUGGCUCCUACCAUCACCGGCAUGCCGGCCCCUGGCAGGGGUGCGGCCUCACAGGGAGGGAGAGCGCCGCAGGGGGCCCCACCCCAGGAGGAAAAGGAGGCUUCCGCCCCCGCCUGGGCCCGCCAGGCCCCUUGGCUGCUUCGGCGGUAGCCCCAUCUCGGUCCUGUUAUGCUGGCCACAACUAUUAAAGUGCCAUUUCCUGUUGGGACCGCA